AUGUAUAUUCGAAGUGAUAAAGAAUUGGAACUUCGUGGAGGUGAUACAGCUGAUUUAUAUGCAAAUUCAGCUGAUGAUAAUGAAUCUGUUAUCAAUGAAGGCACUCCUUCAAGCAGUGAAAUCUUGGAUACAAUUAAAAGCGAUGUGAAUAAAGAUAUUGAGGAAAGUGGUGACAAUUCUGAACAAAAAUCGGAUGUUUCAGAAUCGGGAACUUUUAAAAGAUAUCGAAGAAGCAGUAGUAGUGCUGUAACAGUGACAACGAGUGAUACUGAAUUCAAUUAUAUUUUUAGGAUAAACGUGCCACGUAAAUUACGUCGUUUCAUUAUUGGCCAUAACGGAAAACUUAAAAGAAAAUUAGAAGAAGAAACCAAUUGUAAACUAAUAUUUCCCUCAAAAAAAAAUAAAAAUCAUCCUGUUGAAUUAAUUUCGAUAAAAUCUAAAGAAAGUCUGGAAAGAUGCCGAGAUAGAAUUGAAUUAAUCAUUUUGAACGCACGUGAAAAGGCACCAUAUACUCAUUUUGUUUCAAUACCAAUGAAUUAUCCAGAUAUUCAAAUGACUUUCAAGCAAUUCACCGAAGCUGUUCUUGCUGAUGAAGAAUUAUCAGAUUCUUGUCGUAAUCCGAAAUUAUUCCAAGGUGCAUGCAAACUUCAUUUUACAAUCGUAAUGCUUUCAUUGUUUGAUAAAAGUGAGCAAGUGAAUGCAAUUAAUUUUUUGCAAACAGUCAUUGAUGAACGAGUAAAAAACGUUUUGGACGGACAACCGUUAGAAAUCGAGGUGAAAAAUCUUUCAUAUAUGAGUGAGGAACCAUCGCAUAUUAAUGUGUUGUAUGCAUGUGCCUAUUCCGACAAGCUAAACGAUGUCGCCAAUACCAUAGCGGAAGCACUUAGCGACACAGAUUUUGCACCCCGACAAAGUGGAGAUGUAAAAAUCCAUAUGACAUUGAUGAAUACUCGUUAUGAUGUAAUAAUUUCAUAUAAUUUCAUAUUUAAUAAUUUCAUAUAUUUUUAA